UGCUUAGUCACACUGGAGCGAGCAACUCUGGCAAAGCAGCCGCAGCCGAACAACAAAAAACAUUUAGAAAAAUGAUCCGUCGAGCCUCUUUUUAACCGGAUUUAAAGUGCACCGAGAGGAAGCCAGGACGCAGGAGCAGCGCAGCAGGAUCAGGAUCAGAGGAGUGGGAUAAUUGUGAAGAAAACGCCGCAAUCCCCCCGCAACACCUAUACACACGAACAAAACCGUAUACCGCAGUAUUUUCACACACUUGAGGUUUUCCUCAACAUUACUUGAACACUUCGCAGCAAGGACAUGACGGACAAGGAUAGCGAGCAGUGCACAGUCUCGGUCUUUGACCAGACGCCCGGCUCGGAGCAGAAGAAGAUCAAUGUUGUGGUUCGCUCCCACUUCACGGUUAAGCGCGUAAUCGAUCUGAUAGGCACUCAGUUCCCUUACGGGAAGUUUGAGCUUCUGCUGCAACCACACGAAAACAAGGAUCUGGUUAACCUGAAUGCCCUUGAAUCCAAGCUGAUGUAUGAUGUGGAUGGAUUUGAGCGCCAGCUAAAGAACCACUUAGUCCUGCUGCCCUCCGGCAGCUGGGAUGGCGACGUGGCAAAACGCUUUGAGUUGCCCAUCAAAAAGGUGGUGGUCAAGAAGGUCGUAAAGUCAGACGAGGCGAAGGCCAAGAGCCCAGCCACUGGCGAGAAGAAGAAACGCGUGGUUGGCGAGAAAACUAAGAAGAAGCCAACAUCGGGAUCUUCCUCGCCAAGCAAGACAAAAAUCUCGGUCGAGGACUCUUCGGUCAGCGCCAAAAUAAGCGUUAGUUCGGAAGAAAGCCCAGAAAAGAUCAAGGCAACUAAAGAGAGCAGCCCCAAGGCCGUUUCAAAAGAAGCUCCCAAGGCCAGCCCAGAAGAAAGUCCCGAGGUAUCUGCGGAGGCUAGUUCCAAAAUAUCUUCUCCCUCGAGUCCCAUUGCAAAGAAGGCAGCGAAAGUUACAACAGAAACUAGUCUCGAGUUACCGAGUCCCAUUAAGCCAUCAUCACCAAUUAAAGAACUGGACUGCGAACCGUUGGACUCGCUGAGCAAACAACAAAUCUCCGAGCAACUGCAGCUUUAUCCACAAGGUAGAAACUUCAUCUCGCCGGUGGACGAUGCCCCCUCGGACUUAUUUAUCUCGGAUGCCGAGCAAUUGUCAGAUGACGACCUGGCACUGGGCGCAUCUGCCAGUCCUACUAAUCUGGGACCGGGCUAUGAUUUCGGAGCCCCAACUGGUGAUUUGGACGGCGAGGGUGCGACCGGUGAGGUGGAUCUAUCUACGAUUGGACCAGACGACGGAACGGACCCGGCUCUCUCAAAUUUCUAUCGCCGCAAGUAUGGCGGAGAUGAAUUGCCAGCAUGGCAGAGAAUCAACACCACGGCUGCGGACUUUGUGGCCUCGGCCACCACAGAAACAGAGGCAGAGACACGGCAAAAGAAUGGAGGAUCUAGGGGAUAUGUGGGAUUGGUUAACCAGGCCAUGACCUGCUACCUAAACAGCUUGCUUCAGGCACUGUUUAUGACACCUGAGUUCAGGAAUGCUCUAUAUCGCUGGGAGUUUGACAACGACAACGAGGCCAAGAACAUACCCUACCAGCUGCAGAAGCUAUUCCUUAACUUGCAGACCUCGCCAAAGGCGGCGGUGGAGACCACGGACCUAACCCGUAGCUUUGGAUGGGACUCGACGGAGGCCUGGCAGCAGCACGACAUCCAGGAACUGUGCCGCGUCAUGUUCGACGCCCUGGAGCGCAAGUUCAAGAACACCAAGCAGGCCAACCUCAUAUCCAACCUGUACGAGGGCAAGAUGAACGAUUACGUCAAGUGUCUGGAGUGCAAUACGGAAAAGACGCGCGAGGACACCUUUCUAGACAUACCGCUACCGGUUCGUCCAUUUGGCAGCAGCUCUGCCUACGGCAGCAUCGAGGAGGCUCUGCGCGCCUUCGUUCAGCCAGAAACGCUCGAUGGCAACAAUCAGUAUCUGUGCGAGAAGUGCAAGAAAAAGUGCGACGCCCACAAGGGUCUGCACUUUAAGUCCUUUCCCUACAUCCUCACGCUGCACCUUAAGCGCUUCGAUUUCGACUAUCAGACAAUGCACCGCAUUAAGUUAAACGACAGAGUGACCUUUCCCCAGACCCUUAACCUGAACACCUUCAUCAAUCGGAGUGGCAACAGCAACGAGCACAGCUCCCAGAUGAAUGGUACCGUGGACGAUUGCAGCACGGCGGACAGUGGUUCGGCCAUGGAGGACGAUAACCUGAGCAGCGGGGUGGUGACCACAGCAAGCUCCAGCCAGCAUGAGAACGACCUGAACGACGAAGACGAGGGCAUUGACAUGAGCAGCAGCACCAGUAAGAGCGCUAAGCAGGGAUCUGGACCGUAUUUGUACGAAUUGUUUGCAAUCAUGAUUCACUCGGGCAGCGCUUCCGGUGGCCACUACUACGCCUACAUUAAGGACUUCGACAACAAUGAAUGGUUCUGCUUCAACGAUCAAAAUGUUUCUCCUAUCACCCAGGAGGACAUACAGCGUUCGUUCGGCGGACCCAAUGGCAGCUACUACUCCAGUGCCUACACCUCCAGCACCAACGCAUACAUGUUGAUGUAUCGGCAGGUGGACGCUAAGCGGAACGAACAGGUCGCCAAGGUAGCCGACUUUCCGGAGCACAUCAAAACGCUGCUGCCAAAGCUGCAUUCGGAGGAGGAGACUCGAGUGACUCGACUGGGCAGGCAUAACACUGUUCCAGACUUGGCUCUUCCGGAUUUGCACAAACCGCGCGUCUACUUCUACAAUCCCUCACUGAAGAAGAUGAAGUUCACAAGGGUGUACGUGUCGCAGAGUUUCGACAUCAACCUGGUACUGAUGUCCGCCUACGAUAUGCUGAAUGUGGAACAGUUUGCACCACUUUCGCGCUGUCGCUUGGUGGCUUACAACUCCACGAUGGACACUAUUAUCCAGUCUUUGGAGAACUGCACAGAUCCAGCUCUGACUGAACUGCGCGCCGCACAGAACUACAGUCUGGACUUUUUGCUGGAGUACCGGGCUGACGACCAGCAGUUUGAGCCGUACGCUCCGGACGGCAUCACGUGGUAUGUGUUUAUGGUAGAUCUAUCGACAAUGGCGAUGGACGGUCCCUUCCUGGUUUACUCAGCAGCGCGGGAGCGAGAGGCCAGCGACGCCCUGCGCCGCUCCAUCGGCCUCCGUUUGCGCAUUAGCGAGCAGCAGUUCCUUCUCGCCACGGUUCGCGGCACGGUACCGAAAGCUUUCGUGGCUUACGAUCCCAAUCCGUCGCCCGAGGCGCUCCAGCACCUCCAGAACCUGGCCAAUACCCAGUUCAAAUCCAUAACAUAUUUCUACUUGAACGUGCCCAAUACCGAUCCCGCCAGCCUCGAGAUGCUGGGUGUGCCGAGCGUCGAAUCAGUCGAACCCGCCAGCGGUGGUGAUGUGGUGGACGCCGCCAUGAUGAACGGCGUGGCAUCCGGUCACGAGUCCUCCAGCAAUGACUGUGACUGGAGGCGUUACAAGCGGGAUUUGCUCGAGCCACUUUCCCAACCCAGUCCCAGUCAUGGCCACGAGUCCAACUCGGAGGACAGUAGUCUGAGUGACGGAGACCGCACUUUGGUGGAGACGGAGAACCUGGCACACCGCGGUGGUGGCGACAGCCAAGUUAGCUCCACCAGCCACUCGCCACAACUGUCUAGCCCUGAGGACGAAGCCGCCUCCCACGAUGCCAUGAUGCGGGUUCACGCCUAUUGCAAUGGCAACGGCAGCUAUGCGGCGGCCGAUGUGAUUGAUCCCCUGCUCCUGCCCAGCAGCACAAACCACUUCUUCCACGCAACAAAAAUUGAGUGCGUUGAUGUCGUGGGCACUGGUUCCAGUUCAGGUCACCUGUCCGACGAGGAGGCUCAGCUGCGGAGGCCCACGCGCGCUUACAAACUGCUGGUGGGCUCACACAUGCGCAUGGUCGCUUUCAAGCGCCACAUCGAGGAGCUGAUCCAAGUGCCCAUCGCCUACUUUAAGCUGCAGCGCAAGCACGAUACCAACCUAUCCAGCAGCCAGAACAACUCUCUGGUCCUUCUCACCGAGGGCGAGACACUGACUGUGGAAUUGGGCAAGAAUCUGGAACCGGACGAGUUUAAGGCCAAGAUUCACUUUCUGCGACUUGCGGACGUGGACAACGAGACCUCUAAGUUGCCCUGCGUUUGUGAGUGGGUCUACAAUGCCAACACUACCGCGGAGCAGGCCAAGAAAGAUCUGGUGGCCAAACUACAUCGCAUGGACGCCAAGUAUGCCACUCUCACUGAAGACAACUGCCGCAUCUGGCUGAAGGGCGGGCGUAUUCCGAUCAAGAUUCUGGCCAACGACGAGACGCUCUACUGCGACAUGCGCUCCACCAUCGCAGCAGAGUUUAUUGUACAGGAGUGCGAGGAGGGAGUAAAUCCACAGCCUAAGGACGAUUCACUGACCAUAUUUGUUAGGCGCUGGUGCUCAGCUAAAAUGGAGUUUGGAAAAUUCCAGGAAAUCACUCUAGACCAGGACAGCGAGCUUAGACGUUCAUUAUCAGAGAUCAGCGACAUCACAAUAGACAAACUUAGCUAUAUGAGGGUGAUCAGCAACUUCCCCUGCACAAGCAUAUCAGCAUUAAGCGUCAACGAGUCCAACAGCUGGUUCUCGGAUCCCGUCAGCCUGGACAAGUAUCCGCUGAACAACACACAGACGGGCAACAUUUACCUGUACAAAGAUAAAAGUGUACCUGCGCGUGAGCUAUCGCUGGAUGAGCGACGUCAGAUGAACGCCAGGGAGAAGGCCCGCUUGGAUCGGGUGGGUUGCGUGUCCACCACGCGAUACUCGCAACGCCGGGAACGCGCCCUGAAGAUCUACCUGGACUCGCCGGAGAAGUCGAACAACGUGACCGCCUCGGCACCCAUGGAUGUGCAUGUCGAUAAUUAGUCUGGCCGCGAGCAAAACACAGUCCUCGACCCAAAAAAAAACUACACCACACUAUGUAUGUAGCGAGGGCAGACCAUUAAAUCUCAGAUCCUGUUAUAGUCAACGGCCACAUGUCCUAGUCGGCUGAAAAUGCUGGUCGUGUAUUCUAUACUUUACCAGCAGGAAUUGCGUAUUUUGUUCUGUUGUUUAUUUUAUUUGACGCAAAAGGAGAAAGUCGGCAGGAUGGGCAGAGCGUAUUUAAACGGACUGGACUAGACUAGAUUGAAUUGGAUCCAGGGUCAUCGGCUGGGGUGGAUGGCACAGAACUAAACGACUUUACCCAUAAGGAAGUUAUUCUUGCAACUUUCGUAAUACCCGAGUUCAAAGAUGAGACUGUAAAAUUUAAACUAAACAUGCAAGAAAUCUAAAUUACAAAUUGUAUAAUGUGAAUGUGAACAUCAAAACUAAAUUAAAAGUAUAAAAUAAACACAA